GCUUGGGAGGAGGGAGGAAGUCUGAGCUUCCAGGAGACAGAGUAUUUAUGAAACUGUUCAAGGAUGUGAAAGAGAAGGAAGCAGAUCCAACAGGUCCCAGGAGGAGGGAGACAUGAGGAGAGGUCUGCUCUGGCUGAUGGUAGGGCUCCUGCUUUUGGGGAGCCUGCUGACCAACUUCAUCUGGUUCACGUUGUACAAGAUCAACAUGGUUCCUCAGCACCCUCAGCCUAAAAGUGUUGCUUUGCAUAAAACCUGCAGCUGGGAAAGAAACAAGUGUUGUUCUCAAACCUGGAUGAAGGAGGAGGGGAAACACCAAAAAUCCAGUAAUGAGAAACCUCAGCCUCCUAAAGUAAAGGCCUCUGCUUCAUGUAAAGACUGCAGGGAAAAAAUCGACAAAGUCUUGGAGUUUUACUCUCGAGCCUGGAGGAAAGAUGAGGGCCACAGCCGAGAGCUCCGGAAAACCCUUUCUCCAAUAAAACCUGGCAGACGUGUUCCGUUGUGGGAAACGGCGGGAUCCUGGCGAACAGCAGCUGCGGGAAAAGCAUCGACUCGGCUGGAUUCAUCAUCAGGUGCAACCUGCCUCCUUUGUCCCUCGGAUACCAGAAYGACGUUGGCGUCAAGACGAGCCUGGUGACGGCCAACCCCAGCAUCCUGUCGAAGAAGUACGGAGCGCUGAUGGAGCGUCGCUGUAAGUUUGUGGAAACCCUGUGCCAGUACGGCAGCUCCUUCCUGCUCCUUCCCGCCUUCUCCUUUAACACCAACACCGCCCUCUCUCUGCGGGCCCUCUACACCACCGAGGACUUCGGCAGUCCCAUCAGAGCGGUCUUCUUUAACCCGGAGUACCUGCAGAGCCUGGACCAGUUCUGGCGCUCUCGGGGCCUGAAGGCYCCGCGGCUCAGCACUGGGAUCAUGAUGGUGAGCCUGGCGCUGGAGCUCUGCGAGAACGUGGACCUGUACGGGUUCUGGCCCUUCAGCGUUCACCCCGACGACCUCCAAGAACUGACUCACCACUACUACGACGACACCAAAGCUAAAGGAAACUUCCACGUCAUGCCGGAUGAGUUUGAACGCCUGGUGCAGCUGCACAGCCAGGGCGUGAUCAGGCUGCACCUCGGGCACUGUGAACCGGACCCGUUAAUCCAACAAAAAACUGAUCACUGACACUUCACAGACACAGUGAGCAUCUUCUAAACACUCCUGCAGCAUUUCGCUCACUACCACUGACAAAUACGAGGCGGCAUUUAUAUUUUAAAGAAAAAUACAAAAUCACCUUAAAUACAGGGACAAUAAAAUUUGUAUUUUUGUAACUGAAAA